AAAUUCUUUCCCAGUGGCUUUCCCUACUAAUGGUGAUGAUGAUGACAAGAUCAUUGGAGGCUACAAUUGUCCAAGGAAUUCCCUUCCUUACCAGGUGUCCUUAAAUGAUGGCACUGGACACCAGUGUGGUGGCUCCCUCAUCAGUGACCAGUGGGUACUGUCUGCAGCCCACUGCUAUAAGGGAAGGAAACUUCAGGUUCGCCUGGGAGAACACAAUAUUAAGGUACUUGAAGGCGGUGAGCAAUUCAUUGAUGCAGAAAAGAUAAUUCGCCAUCCCAAGUACAAUGAUAAGACUGCAGACAAUGACAUCAUGCUGAUUAAACUGAAGUCACCUGCCGCCAGAAGCUCUCAAGUGUCCACAAUCUCUCUGCCCACAUCCUGCCCAGUUACUGGUACUCAGUGCCUUGUGUCUGGCUGGGGAAAUACUGUGAACUUUGGAG